CACACAAAAUGGUUGUAUGCAACGUAUUAACCCUUUUAAGGCCAGACGGAGUACACACAGUCUGGCAGACAAGAAGGCAGGUCAGACUGCCCCAGAAGAUCCUACCCUUGCAACAUCAGCAGAGUGGUAUUGAAACAGCACAUGAGGGCACUGAAGCCCCACUGAGGACUUCACUGGUCGGCGCAGUGACUGUCAGUAUAAGUAGUUCUGCUUGUCUGCCAUAGCACGUAGGGAGUGCAGGAGCAGCUGCAGCAGCAAGGAGGCAACCGUGGCGCGGUUGCCCGGAAGGAGUCGUGCUUCCGCUCCGUCAGGCUCUUGUAACGUUACGCAAAAUUUCGGGCACAUUGUCUGAAAAUGCGCAAAUAAUGGAGGCGGAUCAGAAUCUAGCAUCGUUAUCAGAAGCACGGCGACCUGUGUAGCCCACGUGCGGGAAACAACAAGUUUUCUUUUUGACUGAACGACCCUCAUCUACUCACAGUCCAGAAGGAAAAAAAAGGUCUCCUCACGGUAUUUCCCCGGUAAAGACAGAAGCCAUCGGCAAGGAGGACAACCGCUUUCUCCGUGGACUGGCAAAGAAAGUCGCGAUGUAAUGUCUUUAAACCAACUCUGAUCAGCGAUUAUUAUAACACAGAUCAUAUAGCCGAUAAGCCAUGAAGGAAAUCUGGCGGAGAAGCACACAGCAGUAACACGGAGCACUGAUCUGCGCACCCCUUUCCUUAACAGCGGUGUGCUUUCACCCGUCCCUAAAAGCCCUGAGAGGGCUGAGAUUGACACUACAAUGAGAAUUGCUGGUCCACCUUGAAGGCAGCCAGGAUUGAUGUCUGUCAAGAUUUAGAUGCCAACGGACAUUUCCACACCAGGUCCGUUUGGAUGUAACACACAUCAUCCUGGAUCGUCCUUGUCCUUGUAUGUUCAAGAACAGGAUUUGGUGAAGUAAGCCCUAGCCUUGAGUCGUUGCAGAGAAUGGCUCAUGGAUGGGAUUCAUACUUCCAUAACCUUCCACCUCUAUCAUCGGAUCCAAGGACUUUGAGAAGGACACCAGAGUCAGAAGGAAGUCUUUCCCAGCAUAUAGAGAACUUCAUUGGACAUCAUGACUUUUCUAACACAACAGCUUCACAAGAAGCCCCUGCAACAAACUCAAACUUCAACACGAACUAUUACUCAAAUCCCAGUACUGGAAAUUCCAGUUCAGACUGUGUUUAUCAAAGAUACUACAAGGAAACACCAUGGCAAGCUGAUGGAGAACAAAUGGUAAAAGAUUACUUGCCGAGAUGUGGAAACAGUGAUAUCUCAGAUUUUGCAACAGAUGGAUUAUCAUCAUCGGGAACUUUUCCAUCAUCUUUUGCAACAGAUUUACAAGGACUAAAGCAAGACUGUGGAAUACUAACUACAUCAUUUCUUGAGAGCUACUCAGAUGUCAGCAGUUGCUCAGAUGCAGAUGCCAGUGAAACAAGGCCCUCUUGUAAAUACAUGAAAAGUAAUCCAGUUUCAAAGCCUAAAACUGAUAUUACUACAAAACACAGCUCAUCAGAAUGGCUUUUUAAUAAUACUGGAAAUGUGACAUUUCCGACUGAGCCAAAUGUAAUUUUGCCAGAUUCAUCAAAUGUGAAGGCAAGAGAAAACAUAGUUGAAUGUGCAAAGGACGAGAUGAAAAGUCCAGUGAAAGCUGUCAAAUCUUGCAUAGGACAUGAUCAGUCUUCCACCACUUCUAACAUGGUGCCAACCAUAGAGAGUGAGACUGUAGUGGCGAGUAAUGAUUCUCAAGAUCAGGAACAUAAAGAGGAUGUGGAGAGAGAUCUCACUCAAGGAAAAUACUCAGACAUUUCAAUAAGUUGCCAUGAAAACUUGACUUGUGAUGGUAUAGAGGAGCAUCCAGAUGAUAAUGAGGGGCAGACUACUGUUACUGCUUCUACAACAUUUGACACUGAGCAAGAGCACUUAGAUGGAAAAGUCCUAAGAAAGGAAAUGAAGGAAUUAUUCAAACAAGAAAAUGAGGGUUUUGAUCAUCCCAACUCUGCAGAUCUGAGACGGGAUGAUCAGGGCAAAAGUGAGGUCCUAAAAGGGGGAAAUGAGACUUUUGAUGAGCAGAAAACUCCAAAGCCCAAUUCCACAGGGAGUCGAGACGAAAAUAUGGAAACGGAUUGUCAGGAGAAAGAAAUUCAGUCAAACACCCAUCCAUCUUCAGAUCCACUGGAUAUCAAGGUGUCAGAUUCUAAAGAUGCUACUUGUGAACUGAGUGAAAACACAAGUACGUUGGAGAGCAAUAGUCAAGAUGUUGGAUCUUGUUUGCAGUCAUCUGAACAUCAGUCUUUGGAAACGUUAGCUCAGAAUAAUAGUUAUAGUAGCCCUACUGUGAUGAACGAUGGUCAUUUCAGCAACGCUAAUGACAAGAAUGAGAAAAGUGUUGCUAGUCAUUCAGAAUCCUGUUUAAAGCCAAAUAGUCCAAGUACAAAUGUUACUCCCCAUCUAGAAAAAGAAUGGAUAAGUGCAGCAGAGAGGACAAAUACAGAUUGUAGUGGUCCUGGUGUCACUAGUGACAAUCUUUUUAUUGAUGCUAAUGACAAGAACCAGCAAAGUGUUGCUAAUAAUGUAAAAUCCUGCUUACAGCCGGACAGUCAAGAAAAUGAAAGGACAUGUCCAGCAGGGAAGACAGACACCUCUUCUAUAGAUCCAGAUUGCAGUGGUUCUGCUGUGACUAGUGGCAGUCUUUCUAUUGUUACCAGUGACAAUAACGAGCAAAGUGCUCGGGCUGACUGCUGCUCAAGCGCAGACACAAAUCCAUGUCAAGAAAAGGAAAAGGAAUGGAUAAGUCCAGCUGAAAAUACGAACACUACUUCCUCUCCAGAUCCAGAUCAUAGUUAUCCUGCUGUGACUAGUGAUGGUCUUUCUUUGGAUACUCAUGACAAGAACAAGAAAAGUGUUGCUACUCAUUUAGAAUCCUGCUCACAGUCCAGCAGCUCAAGAAAAGAGACACUUCCUGGUCUGGAAAAGGAUUGGACAAGUCCAACAGAGAAGACCAUUACAAACUCUUCUACAGACCCAGAAUGUAGUUUGGCUAAUGCUGUAGAAUCCUGCUUACAGCCAAACACCUUAAGCACAGACAUACAUUCCUGUCUAGAAAAGAAAAAUACAGAUACAACCUCUUCUCCAAAUCAGCAACAGUCACUACAUGAAAGUCCAAUGGCCUUUAGUGGAUAUGUUGCUGAAAAUGCAAGACAGUCAUUUGAAGAGUUGGACACAUCUAAAGAAGAACAGUCAGAGCCUGGUGUACUGUAUGGUGAACCUCUUUCAAGAGAAGACUCUUCAUGUAACAGUGAUGAAGCAAAUCUUGACACAAGUCAAUGUGAAGAAAUGUCUGUGGCCAGACCUGAAAGUAAUAGCAUGAACCACUCAAAAGGACAAGCACCUCCACUAAAAUCCUCUAUACAAAUGAGGAAAUGUCUGCAGCCUGUUGUAAUAAUGAAGACCGCAGAGUCAGCAAAUGCAGUGAGUAACUCAUAUCAAUGUGCAAGUUGCCAGCACACAACCCUCAAUGUAGAUCAUCUAAUUGAACACCAUUAUGGUUUCCAUUCAAUGCACAAUUUCCAAUUUUGCAAGACUUGCAAUCUCUACCUGAUGAGUAAUGAACAAGCAGAAAAUCAUGUGUGUGGUGCAACCAAAGAAAGGCCUCAGCCUUCUUCAGAUCCUAGCUUACAGAAGAAAAGAAAACACCAUGGCCGUCACAGAUGCAUGAGGUGUGGACUCAUAUUUUCAAAGCUAGUUCAGUAUAUCAAGCAUAUGCGGACUCACACUGGCAAAACACCCUAUAAGUGUAAUGCAUGUGGAUUAUAUUUUGCACAGAAUGGUUCCCUGCAUAGACACAAGCGUGUUCCUGGUAGAUGCAAGCGCCCAAAACUUAAAAGUCCAGAUACAAAUUCUGAUGCUGCUAUUAGUGAAACCGAAACACCACCAAAAAAGGACUUGUUGCAGAAGAGACAACAUGCUAAUCUGCCUGAAUGUUACAUAAAGCUUGUUGAUAUCUCCAAAACUCAUCUAUGUAGUUUUUGUGGUAAAAGCUUCUCAACUGCAGAGAAGGCUGAAAAGCACAUCUACAACAUACACAAGGGAAGGAGUUUGACAGUUUCAUCAAGUCAGAGUACCACAAAAUUCAGUGGUGAGAAAACUGAAAAAGUAGAGAAUGAGACAACAAGUAAAUAUAAAUGUCCUCUUUGUCCACGGCUUUUCAAGUACUCCUACAACAGGGCUCGACAUUUGCGUGACUGUGUCAGAGAUGCAAUAUGUGGAGGCAAGGAUAAGAUCGGCAGUAAAUAUCGGUGUCCCUUGUGCUAUGCCACGUUCACAUUACCAUCCAACAGAUUUAGACAUAUUAAAACCUCUUGCCUCAAAGAAUGUCUUAAUCGGCUUGCAAAAGAAAAGGCAAAAUCAAGGCAAAAUGUUGGACAGAAAAAAACACAGGAAAUUGAGCAGAAAAAACAGGCAAAAGAAACUGAACCGAAAAAACAGUCAAAGGAAAAUGAACAGAAAAAGCAGUCAAAGGAAAACGAACAGAAAAUACAAGAACUCCCAACUUUAACAGCCCCUAAGACUAUACCACGUUACAAAUGCAAUCUCUGUCCAGCAGUUUUUUGUCAUGCUUCUGGAAAGUAUAGACAUAUGAAAAAACAUGAGUUGUUUAAACUCACUGGCAAAAUGUUCAGGUACAGGAAUUCAGUUUUCUCUACCAUGUCUAAGCUAACAACUUUAAGUAGUACAAAGACUGAAGAGAGUAAGGAUAACUUGAAUUCAACUGAAGCAAAGAGCAAUCUUUCCCUGAGCUGUCAUUUUUGUGGAAAAUGUUUCGGUACUUCACAGUCACUGAAGAAACAUGAGCGCAAUCACAGAGGUGAAAGACCAUACCGCUGUCUGGAAUGUGGGAAAGGAUUUAAGAAACGUGCCUAUCUGAUUGGUCAUAAAAUUGUUCAUCAGAGGAGGAUACAGUGCACAGUUUGCAGAAAGAUUCUCCCAAAUAUUGGAGAACUCAUCCAGCACAGAAACUCACAUCAUAAAAGAGGAAAGCUUCAAUGCCCAGACUGCCCAUUGCAGUUCCAGUAUCCUGCACAUCUCCUAAGACAUCUAGAUGCACACAAAAACAAAAAGAACGAGGCACCUAAUCUUGAAGAGGGACCACCAUUAAAACCACAGCAGUCAUUGGAGUCUGUGAAAGAGCAAAGUGGACCAAACCAGCUGCAGUGUUCCUUAUGCAAAGAGGUAUUUAAUGAUGCCCAAGUGCUAAGAAAACACUGUCUUACACACAUAUCUUCCUCAUGUCAGUGUCCAUUUUGCAAACAUAACUUCACUACCCGCCGCUAUUUGCUGCGCCACAUGAUCAAACAUACUGGAGACAAACCUUUUUCCUGCACUUACUGCGGAAAACAGUUUUACCGUGACUUGUACCUUAAACUUCACCAUGAGAAGUGUUUGCCUAGGCAAGUCAGACAUCUUGUCACAAUGGAAUCGGACACUAAGACAAAGAGACCAUAUCAUUGUACCUAUUGUCCACGGGCCUUUUCAAAGAAAGACCGCCUGAAAAGUCAUCACCGUGGCCACAAGUCAAACACUCUGCUCCUUUGCUCAAGAUGUGGGCAGUACUAUGGAUUUAGAAAAUUAAAUCAACAUCAGCGGAACUGUGGAGAAACAUCAGAGCCCAACAUUGUCUCAUCAUCUCCUAUUAGCGAUUUCAGUAAAAGCACUCCACAGAAAAGCCAGAAUGUCCAUAAAAUGCCUUUACAGUCCAAUGCAACCAAGAUGCUUCAGUUUAAAUGUUCUCACUGUACACAGAGGUUCAGGUUCAGAUCAUUACUCUUGAGACACCUUGUUUCACAUACUGGUGUUCAACCGUAUGCAUGUAUGCACUGUGGCCACAGAUAUAGCAGUCAGUCGAUGUGUUUGCAGCAUGAAGCUUUCUGUAAUGGUGUUUACAAAGAGGGACAGUCAAAAGUCAAAAGUGAUGCUGCAACAGAAUUGUCAAACGUGCCUAAUCUCAGAGAGGCAGCACAGAAGCCCCAAGCAGAGGGUGAAGCUGAAUAUAAGUGCAAAUUCUGCACCAAGACUUUCAUGAAAUCACGAUACCUGAGACGUCACAUUUUGACACAUAACGAGGCGAAACCAUAUCGUUGUAAAUCCUGUGACAGCUGCUUUACAAGGUAUGAUUAUCUUAAAGUGCAUCAGACCCGUUGUAAAGGGAAAAGAUCACGACUGGAAGUCUGUAUACCCAAAAUUAGUUUAGAGGAUGUUGGCAAGGGUUGGCAAAGUAAGUUUGGCAGUGAGCCUGUUGACCAGCAGGAAACUUUUGAGUGCAAUGUCUGUUCAAGGAGUUUUUCAACUCAGUCGAAACUGUCCCGACAUGUCACUAUGUUCCAUGUUGCAAAAUUAUUCAAGUGCUCUCGCUGUGGCUCAUCAUUUUCUCAUGAAAAAUCUCUGAAAAAGCAUAGGAAGAUGAAUAGGUGCAGAAAGGUCUCCAUGGAAACAAAUUCUUCUCUACCACCGGAAACGAAUCCACCACCAGAAAAUGUGACAGAACUGCUUCAUGGGAUGAGAAAUCGAGUUCUACAGAGGACCCAGCCUCGCUUUAACAAAAAGUACAAAUAUGUCUGUAGUUAUUGCCCCCGUGCUUUUGGAAGCCACUCGCAAUUAGGUGUGCACACCCGCCUGCACACAGGAGAGAAGCCAUAUGCCUGUGAUUAUUGUGGUGAGAGAUUUAUAAGGAAGGAUUAUGUGCAGCGUCAUUUCGCAAAAUGCACCAGGAAAAAAGAGCAAAAUAAAGUGCUUUGUGACAGAUGUGGUGGAUUUUUCUCUAAAGUCAAGCUUGAAGAUCACAAAAAAAGUUGCACUUUAAAAGCAAACUUGGCAAAGUCAGCAGUUUGCCAACAGGCAACCUCUCAAAGCCCACCAAAGGGCUUUUCUUGUGCAUACUGUAGUUCCCGCUUUUUGCUAUUUUCCCAGCUCCAAGAGCAUUUUUUAAAUGCACACAAGCUGGAAACAAUGGUUCCACCAGUGUCUACAGCUCCUCUGCAACACCAUCUUUCAAAUAUACCAAGCAUCAAAGAAGAGCCUUUGGAUGAGAGUUGUGAUGAGCGGCUUAGUGAUGGCGCUAAUUUAAUCUGCAAACUAGAUACAGCUCUUGAUAGUGAGGUUUCCAAACCAUUUGUCUGCCCAGAGUGCAAUAUGUCCUUUGCAAGUAAAGCUGGACUAAUUGGUCAUCUGCGUGUACAUGCGAUGGAUCAUCCUUUCAGCUGUAAAACAUGCAAGAAAGGCUUCUGGAAUAAAAGUCUUCUCCGUAAUCACAACAGGAAAUGUAGAUUUGGACAUGUCUCAGAAGAGAAUAUACCCCAGCAGUUGGAAGUCCCCUUGAAAGCAGAGAUUGAUUUUGCACUGACUGAUUCUGUUCUAGUGUUCAGCGAAGGUUCAAAAACAACUGGCACUGGGGUUUUGCAGACCAACUUCUCCUGCAAAGAUGACUACAUGGAUGAAUCCUCACAAAAUUCAGAUGGAAAUCAGGUGCAAAGCAACUCAAGUAGGGAGAAGUACCAAUGCUCAGAAUGUGAUAUGAGCUUCACAGAUGGCUUGAUGCUCAUUAGUCACCUCGAAGACCAUGGAAGAAGAGAACAAGAGAAAAAGCGCAAUACGUGUACAAAGUGUGGGCGAGUGUGCUCCAGUCAAGGAAAUCUUGAAAAGCACAUGAAGUUGCAUGGUAUUAAUAAGAAAUACUCUUGCCCUGACUGCUCCAAGAUGGUAUACACCGAAACUGAUCUCGAAAUCCACAGAACCUGUCAUGACCCAAAUAGACCGUAUGCUUGCAAACUGUGUAAUCAUAGGUUUUGGACAAGAUCAUCUUUAUGUAAUCAUUACAGUGAAGAACAUCCAAAUGAUGUAUUUACUUGUCGUUUCUGUAACAAGACUUAUUCAGUCAAAAAAUCACUAGCAAGACACUACAGAAAAUGGCAUCAAAAAGAGCAGAAGGAUCUUGAGAGUACUGUACAGGAAAAGAGCAGCACUGAACAACAAUCCAGCAGUCAAGUCAGUACAACUGGAGAAAGUGAUGAGGAUGAAAAUUAUAGAAGUGACGACAGUGACUCAGACUCUGCACCAUACUUCCCAUGCCACGUGUGUGGCAAGACAUUCCCAACAUCAGAAAGUCUGGAGGAUCAUCAGCGAUGUCACCUGGGUGAAAAACCACAUGAAUGUGCUGAAUGUGGUAAAUGUUUUUUCCAGGCAUCCCAGCUGCAGCAGCAUCAACGAAUGCACAAGUCUGAAUUUCAGUGUCAGACUUGUGGAAGGGGUUUCGUCUCUCUCUUUGCAUUGCGCAAGCAUAAACAUACUCAUGGCAAGAGCCGUCCUUAUCGUUGCUCCAAGUGUCACCUCAGCUUCACAGGACCCUCACAGUUAGCAGAACACAUGUCUACCCACCGUGAAGAGAACUUUCCAUGUGACAUAUGCAAUCGUGUGUUUCCCUCCAAGAGUAGUAGAGCUGAGCAUCGGAAAAUCCACUCUGUUUCACGUGACCGUCUCCCACCUCUAAUUUCAUCAGAAGAACAUGAAAAGACUGCUUCACUCUUUGAAAGUUCAUCAGUAUUCACCAAAGAACUUAAAUAUCGCUGUGGUGUUUGCAGUGAGCGUUUCAAAGACCCAGAGGAGCUCUCAGAACAUGGUUGCAUGGCAGCCAAAGAGCGACCAUACUCCUGUUCAGACUGCCAUAAACAUUUUCUGCAUUCAUCUCACCUGAAAAAGCACAGGACCACCCAUCAGCUACCAUGGUCUACUAGUGAAUAUCCAUGUAAUAAAUGCAACAAUAGUUUUUCCUCCUCUCAGCACUUCCUCAGUCAUCUUAAGAGUCAUGAUGGUGUUGAUCCUGCGGCAGAAGUUAAAGAUGGAGGACCAUCACAUGGUUUCAUAUGUCCCGUUUGCCACCAGUGUUUUCCCAGUGCUGCUGAACUGAUAGAUCAUUUCCCCACACACCCUGACAAUAUAUUGAAAUGCAAAAUCUGUAAAAUGACAUUUCCCUCUGGAAGCAAGCUUGAAGAACAUGAGCGCUGCCAUCUGACAUCAGGUACUGAAUUUGAAUGCACAGAGUGUGGCCAGAGCUUUUUGGGAAGUGAUGCUUUCCGCCAGCACCACUGCUCCCGUCAACAACAUGCCAUAAUGGAGACUGGAUAUUCAAAGCCAUCUGUGAAGACAUCCCCUCCAACUUGUUAUCAAGCUGCAGGAGAGGAGGAAGAAAUUGAUGUUACUGGAGAGGACUUAUACAAUUGCCCUGUUUGCUCAAUGCAAUUCUCCUCAAAAAGUGGUCUCUUGGAGCAUCAAAAUAAAUAUCACCCACAUGGGAAGCCAUUCAAAUGUGAGCUUUGUGGAAAAACCUUUGCUGUGAAGCGCUAUCUUAGAGAGCAUGAACGAAGGCAUCGCCAAAAAUUGGCUGCCCAAAACGCAGCCGAGUUGGCCGAAAACAAGUUCAAAUGUACCCAGUGCCACUCCGCGUUCAACACUGCUCAAGAACUGUCUUUGCAUAUGAGAAUGCACGCUGAGAAAGAAGUUGGACAGUACCGCUGUGAUAUGUGCUACAAGUCAUUCAGCCAUUGGUCUCUUCUGAAGCAGCAUCAAGAAAGUCAUGUCGGCCAAGUUGUAUAUGAAUGCACAGAAUGUGACAAAGCCUUUGCUUUUCCUCACCUACUGGAGGAACAUCAACUGACUCAUGCUGGGUCCUCUCAGUAAUGGUUGUUAACUACCAUCUACCUUAUGUCUCCUUUUCUGUAACUAAAGUAACUUGAAGUCCCUUUCAUGCCUUACAUCUGACUGUGUACCUCCACUUGUAAUCACAAUUUAGAUCCAAUUUGUAUUUUUGGCCCUUGUUACAGAAUUACAAAGCUCUUUGCUCAUGUCACGAUGAGCAUCUUCUCUUGAGUUUCUAUUGAGAUUGUAUAUAUUGUUAGUUCUAGUAAUGGAAUUUGUAUACAAAUAAUUAGCCACAUAGUUUCUUGACGGUGUUUAAAUUUAUGACCUCAUACAAAAUCGUGUAAAGCUGUUUAAUAUUCUAUGUGAUGAAUACAGACGAAGCAUGAUGGGAUAAGAUCUUUAUAAAACGUCUUGGAUAAAGGUUCAAAUCUUUGAUCAAACAUGAUCAUUUUUGAUGUUUGACAUAUUUUGGAAUAGUUUUUAGUCAGCUUUGUUGACAAUAUGUAAAAUAGACAUCAAACUGGUAAUCUUAAAAUCUUUUUUUAUUUCUAUAUGAUUAUUCAUUUACUGUAGAUAAUUUUGUAAUUCUCAGUUCAUAAUUUCCGUGUGUUUACCAUGGGUUGCAUUUUUUGAUAUUGAUAAAUAUCUUGUCCAGACAUUUGAAAAAUGUCCUAACUGAAUAUUCUUUUCACAAUCCGAAGAUGUUAGUUUUCUUAAGAAAUUUGUGUUGAUGCAUUCAAUUAAGGAGUAAAGUCAACAAGAAAAUCUA